UGUGAAAUCGUCUACAGAUUGCAGGCGGAAAUUGCACUUCGCAAAUUUUCCUCCAAUCCGUUUUUUUUUAUGAAACACGAUCACGCGCGAGCUGGAUGAUGCCGGUGUGUGGUCGCAGAAUGAUCAGGAGAAGCGGUAUAAGAAGCACAGUACUAAAGUUACCUGCAAUAUUUCGACUGUAAGAUCGGAGAGCAUCAACCAGCGAGAGAAAUGGACUCCAACUGGAAAACGUUCUGUUCCAAAUAUCCCAACACCACCCUCCCCAAUGGCGGCCUGCAAUUAUGGAUCCCCAGCAUCCAGGAUUUCGGGCAAUGUUUCCACGACGUGUACCACAUUGUCACCCAUGUGUUGCUGCUGAUCUUCACCUGUAUCUGCAUUGGAUCCGAGAUCUCCAAACGAUACUCACAGCGUUCCUCGCUGCGAUGGAAUUAUCGCCUCGCCUGGGUUCUCCGCCUCGCAGGAUGCGCUGCCAUCCUCGUAGUGAUCAGUACCCGACAGAUUAUUCUUCUGGCUACCAGUGCCUAUCGAAAACAACUCGGUGUGGCCAGUCAUGUGGCGCACGGCGUGAGUUUCGCGACGUGGAUCCUCAUGAUGGUGCGCACUUGGUUCCUGCUCCGCAUCGUCGAUUCCCGCGCUUCCCGUCCCACGCCGCAGCUUGUACAGUUUAUUUUCUACGUCCCGGUGGCGGCGGGCUACAUCUUCGAGUUGUGGUCGGGGACUGGCGGGGUUUUUGUCGCCCUGCCUGGAGUGUAUCGCAUCGCUGCGUAUCUGCUGUUCGCAGCCAAUAUUGUGAUAAUUUGUUCCUAUUUUCCUCCGAUCCUCAAUUGGCAGCGUCGGCGACCGUCCUAUGAUGGGGAGGGAUUACUCCCGGAAGAAAUAAAUUGGGAGACGGUCCACCGAGCGUAUGAAGAGUCCAGUUUCGUCUCCAAAGUCUUUCUGUUCUGGGUGAUCAAACUGAUUCGCAAGGGAGAAUUCAUCCGCACAAACGAGCAUUUAUUUGAUUUUCCCGCAUCCUGGGGAUUUUUAGAGCACGGGCAAGUGCUGCGCGACCAUCUGCAAGCCAACGCGAAGACAUCGAAGGUGUUUCUGAUUGGGAUUUUGUGGAGGAUGUGGGGCGGCGUGUUUUUAUUUAUCGGCGCACUGAUGCUUGUUUCGGUUGCGGCGUCCUAUUCGGAACCGGUGAUACUGCAGAAAUUGAUAUCGUAUUUUGAACGGGGAGACGGGAAUCUGCUGGAGGGACUGCAGUGGGCCGGACUGCUGGUGUUGGCUAAUUUGUUGAGCGCUUUUUUUCAUGCGCAUUAUUCGUUCAUCUGUGCCAAGCUGACCAUGAUAGUCGAUGGAGUUCUCGUUGACAACGUGUACUGGAAGUUGUUCCACUCUUACGGUGCGGAUUUAUCGAAUUCUGAAAUAUCAGGGAAAGUCGUUAAUUUGAUUGGCACGGAUUGUCAGCGCGCAGCUGACGGCAUUAUGAUAUUUCUGGAACUCAUCAAUUCGCCCAUUCAGAUCGGUAUAGGAUUGUAUUUAUUGUACUGGCAGAUGGGAAUUUCGUUCCUGGGAGGCAUCGGUGUGGUGUUGUUACUGUUGAUUACUAAUCAGCUGUUGGCCGCCCGAAUUGCCCAUUACGAAGAGAGCAAACAGGCCACGGCGGACAAGCGGGUGAAGAUCAUGCGAGAGAUUCUCAAUUGUAUCCGGAUUAUUAAGUUCCAUGCUUGGGAAUCGUUCUUUCGGGGACGAGCGGUUGCGGCCAGGAAAGCGGAGAUGAAAUAUUUGCGCUCGACUAAUAUGCUGGUUGCUGUGAGUUCGGCAUUAUGGCAGCUAGUUCCUGUGGGAAUGGCUGUGACGACUUUCCUGAUUUAUGUUCUGCUUGGUAAUCAACUGACAGCUGCCAAGGUUUUCCCGAGUAUCGCCGUUUUUCGAAUGCUAAACGGGCCUCUUAUGAUGAUGUCAUGGGAAGUGAUUGGCGUAGUGGAAAUGUGGGUGUCGGUGAAGCGAUUACAAGAGUUCUUCCGCCUACCCGAUCUGUCUUUCGCUAAACUGUAUACCCUGCUACCGGAAAAUAAUUCAACGUUUGUAGAGAUGAAAGCUAGUACUUUCUCCUGUCAAAACAGCGAUGAAAUUUUUCAUGGAGAGCCGAGUCCGGUUUUGGACCAUAUAACGCUGCGAAUAAAGCGGGGAGAAUUUCUGGGGGUUACCGGCAAAAUCGGAUCGGGCAAGACCGUGUUGUUAAACGCUAUUAUUGGGGAAAUGCACAAACUAAGCGGAGAAAUUGCGUUAAAUGAAAGUAUUUUUAAUGAAGGGUUUGGAUUUGUUCCACAAGAGGCGUGGAUUCUGCAAGGGACAAUUCGGCAAAAUAUCUUACUCGGCGAAAACACCGUGACCGAUGCGUUAUUCUACCGGCAAGUGUUGGACUGCUGCUGUUUAACCGCAGAUCUUGAAAGUAUGCCCAACGGUGAUGCAACAGAAAUUGGAGAAAAGGGGGUGACGCUGAGUGGUGGACAAAAGGCCCGCCUGGCACUGGCUCGUGCCGUGUAUCAACGAAAACAGAUUAUUUUCUUGGACGAUCCUUUAGCAGCCGUGGAUCCGCAUGUCGCCGCCACUAUCUAUAAUAAAUGUAUCCUGGGACUGUUGAAGGAUACUACCAAAGUUUUCAUUACGCACAACAUCGAGCAUUUAAGAAAAUGCGACCGAGUAGUGGUUAUGGCCGAUGGACGCAUUGCUGCUGAUGGUCCACCCGAACAAGUCUUGAGUUUAUCCGAGGUCAUCGAAGAUGAUGCCACACAGAAUGGGCGCAGGCCAUCGCUGAAGAGAGGCCGCAGCAUCCAGAGGCAGAAAACCGUGGAGAGUGAGAGCAGUGACAAGGAUGAAGCGAGUGACGACGACGACGAGGAAGUGGCGCCACUGAUUGAGGAUGAAGAGAGCGCGACGGGUGUUGUCAAAACCGAGGUGUAUCUGACGUACUUCCGCUCCAUGGGCUGGUACGCAGUCGUGGCGGUGUGGAUUCUAAUGGUUCUCAAUCAAGCUGGUGUUAACGCUUGCGACAUUUGGAUCUCAUAUUGGAUUACCGCGCAUGGAGAAUCUUCCAAUGACACAUUGUCAGUGAAGGAGUUUCUGUACGUCUACGGUGGGUUGGCUGGGGAAGCCGCCCUAGUCAGCUUUAUUUGGCCAUUCAUCCUGUUCCUGUCUGCGCUGAAAGCAUCCAACAUUUUGCACAAUGCGUUGCUGAAUGUUUUACUGAAAGCGAAGAUGCAGUUUUUUGAUUCGACACCGUCUGGUCGGAUUCUGAACCGCUUCUCCAAAGAUAUCAAUAAUACCGACGAACACGUGCCCAUGUUCUUCCUGAUCUUCUUCGCUGAACUAUUUGGUGUGGUUGGGACCCUGUUGGUCAUCUGCUAUUCCAUGCCGUGGUUUCUGCUAAUUUUGAUACCAAUGGGAGCAGUUUAUUACUUCAUGCAGAAAUAUUAUCGUUACACUUCCAGGGAAUUGAAGCGUUUGAACACCGUGACCUUAUCACCGCAGUACUCACUGUACAGUGAAACACUGCACGGACUGUCGGUAAUUCGCAGUAUGCGGAUGGAAGAGCAGUUUUGUACACGCUUCCACGGGAUUUUAUCCCUAAACUUGCAAGUGGAGUUCGCCGCUUUUGCCGCGGAGCAAUGGCUGGCACUGUGGCUAGCCAUGAUCGCGACGGUGAUGAUCUGCGGAGUGGUGGCCAUUGGAUUUUUGGCAGGAUCACAUUCCGCGGCGAUCGGCUUGGCAUUGUCGUAUGCUAUUUCUGUGGUGCAGUUGCUGGAAGCUUUGAUUGAUUCCUUUACUCAUCUGGAAAAGGGAAUGGUUCAUGUGGAACGAAUCAAACAGUACAUGGACGAUGUUGAGCCGGAACGACUGGACGGGCCGCUAAUGACUCAGCCGAACUGGCCGAAUAAUGGGGCGAUUGAAAUUGAAGAUCUGACGGUGCGCUACCGUGAGGAUUUACCAGAUGUUCUGAAUCGGAUAAGUCUGAGCAUACAACCCGGUGAAAGAGUUGGCAUUGUCGGACGAACCGGUGCAGGAAAAUCGAGUCUGAUGUUAGCCUUGUUUCGCAUGAUUGAAGCGAAUGCGGGAACGAUCAGUAUUGACGGGGUUCGCAUUUCCUACCUGAAUCUGCAGCAUUUAAGGUCGAAACUGACGAUAAUUCCCCAGACGGCGUGCUUGUUCGAUGCGUCGGUGCGCGACAAUCUGGAUCCGCUGCAAACCCACACCGAUGAGGAAAUUUGGCGCGUGGUUGAAGUGUGCCAUUUGCGGCCUUUGGUCGAGAAACUCGGCGGUGGAUUGGGGGAAGUCGGUGAAAACGGGAAGAAUUUAUCGGCUGGAGAGAAACAGUUAGUUUCUCUGGCGCGAGCGCUGCUUAGCAAGAGCAAGAUUAUUUGUCUGGACGAAGCGACAGCAAACAUCGACUACGAGACGGAUCUGCUGAUCCAGCAGACCAUCCGGGCAGCUCUGACCGGCAGCACCAUUCUGACCAUUGCGCACCGUGUACAGACAGUGCUGGAUUGCGAUCGCAUUGUCGUCAUGGCCAACGGACAGAUCAGUGAAGAGGGCCGUCCCGACGAGCUCCUGCAGCGACCCGAGUCGCGCUUUUAUCAGAUGGUGCAGCAGAGCCGCAGUGCAGGAGAAUUGUGAUGGUUUUACGGUGGAAGUUUAACUGUAUAUAUGUCGCUGACCAGAAUUGGUGAUAUUGGUUGUAUCAGUACCGUUUGUUGGUUUGAGCUUUUAUUUAUUACUUAGUUUAAGGUUUUAUAAAAAUCGAUUGUAUUUCGGGUUGGAAUAGUUGGCAUUCGCCAAAUUUGGUAGAGAAAAAUUUUCUAUUAAUUUUACAUGAGUUUUUCUUGACAAGCAGCAUCUCCAUGUCUAGACAACUCAGAAUAAAAUGCAGAA